AUGGUCACCGUCAAGACUCAUCCGAAUUCCCAUAACGCUCGGAAUCAAUUUUAUGAGACCGACCUCGAGGAGGAUAUUCGUCUGAUACGAUGGUUGAUGAAGUCGGUAGGCUUGUGGUCCUCGAAAUCUGAAAAUUCAUCCCAAGGGAAUCUCAUCUCUUUUAUUGUCUGCACUCUUGUAAACGUCGCCGUGGUCGUUCCCUUCUUCGUACAACUCUUCUUCAUAGAGGAGGACGUUAGAAAGCAGGUGGAGUCUGUCCCGCCGUUCAUCGGCUUCAUCAUAGGAGAGGCCAAGUAUUUCUGUAUUUUGAAUCGCAAAAGAGAUGUAUGCAGCUACAUCGACAGGAUUUCCGAAGAUUGGAGGAAUGCUCGCAUGAAACCCGAUCGCGAAAUAAUGCUCCAAAGCGGGAAAUUCUGCCGACAAUUGACUCGGACGUGCAUGAUCAUCAUGUACACUGGUACCGUGAGCUAUGCUAUCAUAGUCCCUCAUUUGUCAGGGGAAUCUGACAAGUCCAAUAAUGUCACCACAAGGAAGUUGUCGUUUCCCUGCUAUUACUACGUCUUCGAUGUCAGUCCGUCGCCGAAUUAUGAAAUUAUUUAUGUUGUGCAAAUUACGUGCGUGGUUGUGACUAUAACCUUGUACUCGGUUGCGUGUGCUCUCACUGCCAAACUUGUUUUUCACAUCUGUGCCCAGUGUCGGAUCGUGAGAUCCCUUUUUAAGAAUAUUAUCGAUGGAGACGGGCAACAAGAUUUGAGCUUCAACGAGAGGUGGUCUUACGCUAUCAAAGCUCACUUAAGGGUAUUAAGAUUUGUAAACGACGUGGUGUCGGUACUAAAAGGAAUUUGUCUCACGGAACUAUUAGGAUGCAGCACAGUCGCUUGCUUUGUUGGGUUCGAUGUGAUUUUGAACCUGCAAGAAAACAAUGUAGGAGGUUUCGUCAUAUGUAGCCUCAUAUUUAUCUCGUAUAUCCUGAAUCUAUUUGUAUAUUGUUUCAUCAGUGAACAGCUUACCCACCAGUGUUCAGUGAUUGGAGAAGCGGCGUACGAGAUCGACUGGUACCGUCUACCGCCAAGAAAGGCGUCAGAAAUAAUUUUAAUACUUGCGAUCUGCAAUGUUCCAGUCAAAUUGACGGCUGGAAAGGUGUCCGAGCUGUCCAUGACUGUAUUUUGUGAUGUAAGUGUUGGAAUAACAAUAUUUCUGUGUCUAACGUAAUUUCAAAAUUUAAUGGACGAAGAAUGGAAAUAACAAUUCUUUUGGCAAAAUGAACGCUCACCGUAACAAUGUUCUAUUGCAGGUGUUUAAGGCCACCAUGGUGUAUUUAAAUGUGCUUCGAGAACUGAUGUUGUAAGCGCGUCGGAUAUCAGUGAUAAGCAUUAGUGUAUGACACAUUAAAAACCGCAUAAUGCUAUCUCGAAGUCUACCAACCGGGCUCAUCCUGACGUAUCAUUUCUAUCACGGUAGUUCGGAUGGGAGAUGCACAUCAUAAAUAGAGCGAACACUCUUGACAACUGUUCAAAGGAAUAAAUGUUAUUACAGAAACUGACAGCUUAUCUGUCCCGUGUAUUGACCACUUGUCCCGAUACUGUUAAUUUCUCGGGAUAGUGAGAAUAUGAUUUCUAAUCAAUUAUAUAAGCUACGAACUCUCCUGUCUCUACACCGCCAUGGGGCAGACUCAAGAGUGCGUUGUGUUAACAGAAAUAAUCAAUAUAUCUCCCUCAGCGUUUCCGUCUUUAUACUCCCAUCACGAAUAUACGUGGGUAGAGUCUACUGACGUUUCAAUUUUUAAUGGCCACGAUGUCGUCCACAAAAUACGAAUAAAGCCCACAAGAAAAUCCCCUCACGGUCAUUAUCCUCAAGUGAAGUCGUGAUAAUGCGCCUGCGCUUCUAAAAUAUUUUCUUAUCGUUUGUCAAGACUGUCAGUUGAUGUCAGAUCGAGGACCUCGCAAUGAUAACCAGGAAGAGUCAUCCGAGCUCAGCGGACUUUCGGAACGAGUUUUAUGAAACCGAUAUUAAGGAGGAUAUCCAUCUGAUAAGAUGUUUGAUGAAGUCGGUAGGGUUGUGGUCUUCGAAAACUGAAAAUUUCUCCCGAGAGAAGCUCAUGUCCCUCAUCUCUAUCUCAGCCUGCACUCUUCUAAACGCCGUCGUGAUCGUUCCCUUCUUCAUACAGUUUGCAUUUAUAGAGGAGGACGUUCAAUCGCUGGUAGGGACAAAAUUUACUUUCAAGCCGAGGAAAAUGCUAAACAGUGUUCUGUAGUAAUCAUAAUUUUUCAUUAGUGAUCGGUUCCCAUCGGUUUAUGCAUCAGUGAUUCUGAAGUUAUGUCACGAAUUAACCGACACUCGUCGAACACGUGGAAAUUCCGAAUGAUACUUUUGUUCCCUUAAUUAAAUGUUUAAGUAGUUCAUGUAACGUUCAAUUGUUUCCAUAGGCGGCAUCCGCUUCGCAGUUGGCUGGAUUAUUCAUAGGAGGGGCCAAGUAUUUAUGUAUGUUGCAUCGCAAGAAAGAUGUCUGCAAAUACAUCGAGAGGAUUUCCGAAGAUUGGAGGAA